UCGCAUCCAUUCUUGAUAUUCUUGACAAUUCUUUCUUGACAUCAAACCCCGUCCAAAAGUAUUUAUUAGAAGUUGAUGAUAAUGGAAGUGUGUUGUUGAGUUCGAUAAUAAUGGAAGUGUGUUUUGGUUUUAUAAUUUUAGUUCGAUAAUUCGCACUUUAUAAGUUACACUGCUAAAAAAAUGGGCAUUUUCGACCUAAAAAUUUCGACCACACUUUUGAUCGAAAAAAAAUCGAUCACGGGCGGUCGAAAUUUGAAGAAUUUAAUUUUUAUUUAAUUUUUUAUUGAAUUUCGACCACACCGGGUCGAUUUUUUAAUAGGAAAAAUGCAUUUCGACCACGUGUGGUCGAAAUUAAUUUUUAUACAAAUAAUAAAUGGGAAAAAAAAUAUUUUAUACAUAAUUAAAUUAUAUAUAUAUAAAAAAUUAAUUAAAAAAUAAAAAUAAAAAUCUAAUUUCAACUACAUGUGGUCGAAAUAAUUAAAUCAAAGUCAGUCAAAUCUGACUUAAUUAUUUUCGACCACAUGUGGUCGAAAAUUUCAAAAGAUUUAGACCAGAUGUCUCUUUAAUUUUCUUUUCAUUUUCCCCCUUCUCUUUCACUCUCUUCUCUCUCCCUCUCCUCUCUCUACCAUCCCACCACCCGACUACCCCACCCCCUCCUUAGACGGUCAACGCCACCAGAUGCCGCCGCUGUUUCCGACCAGCAAUCGUCGUCACCAGACGCCGCCAGCUCAGGAUGAAAACUGUUAAACAAAGGCCCUCACCUCAAUCAGUAUGAGGUUGACUAAAGCAGAGAAGUGUGCAAAAUUGAAGAAAAUGAGGAAAGAGGCUAAGAAACAGGCAAAAGAGGUGGCAGAAAACUCAAGGAUGUUUAGCGAAUACCUCAAGCUGAAGUCUUGGUACCUAAUGUUAGGAGACGUAUCUACAAAAGCAGCUCAUGCGCUUGGCUUGUCUGAGGUUUCUGACUUCUUUGCUAAGCUAAUACAACGGAUGUCUCCUAAGAGUUUCCAACAAGCUCUUGGUGAGGUUUCCGUGACGCAGAAAUUUCUGGAAAAUUUCCGUGGUGAUCAGGUUCGCUUUCUAGCUAGGUCUUUCGCAGUACCAGGAAAUCAUCUGGGGCAGCAGAGCCAUGGUUUUCGCUGGCCUUAUGGACCUGUGGCAGUUAUUACUCCCUUUAAUUUUCCUUUGGAGAUUCCUUUGCUUCAGCUGAUGGGAGCGUUGUACAUGGAUUCUAAUUCGGCUAUGUUUAAAUGGAUAUCUAUAUUAUGUUUAAGAGUUUGAAUGUAGUUUUAAUUUGAAUUAGAAGUACUUUUAAUUUUAAGAUGUUAAAGUGUUUGAACGCAGUUUAUAAUGUUUAAGUGUUUGAAUGGACAAUGUUUAAGUGUUCAAGUGUUUGAACAUUGUUUA